GCUUUUUCUUGGUUCCUACGAUUGCGUUCAUUCGGAAAAUUCAAAGGCUCUGCGUAAAGUGAUUUUAAGUAGUGAUGGGUGGAAGUUCAGUUCUUUCUGUUGAUGAUUGGGAGUUUGCUUCCUCACCUAAUGAUGUUAAGACAUUGGUUUUGGUUGGUCGUACCGGAAAUGGCAAGAGUGCAACUGGUAAUAGUAUUCUUGGGAAAAAAGUCUUCAACUCGAGGGCUAGCUCUUCCGGUAUCACCACCUCAUGUGAAAUGCAGACAAGUGAGAUGAACGAUGGACAGACUGUUAAUGUUAUUGAUAGUCCAGGACUAUUUGAUUUUUCUGUUGGAAUUGAACUUCUUGGCAAAGAAAUAAUCAAGUGCAUUGAUUUGGCCAAGGAUGGAAUUCAUGCUGUCAUUGUAGUAUUCUCUGUUAGAACACGAUUCACCGAGGAAGAAGAAAAUGCCCUGCGUAACGUGCAGAAAUUAUUUGGAAGCAAAAUUGUUGACCACAUGAUUGUGGUCUUUACCGGGGGAGAUGAAUUGGAAGAAAAUGAUGAGACACUUGACGAUUAUUUAGGCCGUGACUGUCCAGAACCUUUAAAGGCAAUUCUGGCUUUGUGUGGGAAUCGAUGUGUGCUUUUCGAUAACAAAACUAAGGAUGAAAAGAAGCAAACUGAACAAGUUCAACAACUUCUCUCUUUUGUAAACAUGGUAGUAUCACAGAAUGGUGGACAGCCUUAUAGAGAUGAGUUAUUCAAAGAACUAAAGAAGAAAGGACAAAUGGAGCUGGAAAAACAACAAAGAGAGGCUGAUUCCAUGAAAGGAUAUUCAAUUGAAUAUAUAUUGGAGCUUAAAAAGCAAAGGGAGCAAGAAUAUAAUGACCAGCUGACUCGUAUUACUGACAUGGUUGAGUCAAAGUUGAGGGAAGCAACUACAAGACUGGAGCUACAAUUGGCAAAAGAGCAAGCUGCAAGACUAGAGGCAGAAAAGUAUGCAAAUGCUGCUCAAAUGAAAUCAAAAUAUGAAAUUGAGGAACUAAGAAGACAUCUCGAGCAGGCACACCAAGAACUCCGCAAGCGAGAUGCAGAGACUAGUUGUGCCAUUCUCUGAUACUAGCAGCUACUUCAAACAGUUCUUUUAGUUUAUCUUUUGGAUUAUUUUUGUUAGUUUCUGUUGACAUCUUACAUUAUGAUGAAAUUAGGGAUAUUUUUUAAUUUCGUUUUCAUGCUUCUGGUCAUUUUAAUAUGUUUCUGUUAUAGAUUUACUUUUGCUACAAGU